AUGACGCCAACAGCAACCAGCGGCGGCGCUGGCGACGACAUUGCCACGUUCGACCCGUUCGCCAAUGUCCGCAGCUUCAAGUACUCGGGCUCCGUCAAGGCGGUCUACCCGCUGAGUCCCAAGCCCAAGAUUCCGCCGUCGAUUCGAAGGCCCAACUACGCUAGGGAAGGGGUGAGGAUGUGGUUGGAGUUUUGGUGGCAGGUCAGAAUUCCGCUUUUGACUGUAGCCCUCCCUAUGUUCGCACGCCCACGCCAUGCUGACGCCCUGCCUUGGUCCACCCUCUUUGCUCUCCUCCUACUCGGUCUCGCGCUCGAUGCGCUCAAACAGUUUCUCGAAUCGCGCAACAUCAAAGUCAACACUCAAGCUGAUCAGGACGGCGUGCGAAAGUCUGCCACUCUCGCUCGCGAAGUACUCGAGAUCGCCGCGUCGCACAUCAAGCCCGGCGUCACCACCGACGAGAUCGACAAGGUCGUCUUUGCCGAAGCAAUCAAGCGCGACUGCUACCCCAGUCCACUCGGCUACCACGGGUAUCCCAAGAGCGUGUGCACCUCGGUCAACGAGGUCAUCUGCCACGGUAUUCCAGACCAGCGUCCGCUCGAAGAUGGCGAUAUCCUCAACAUCGAUGUGACGCUCUUCCACAAGGGCUACCACGGCGACCUGAACGCUACCUUCCCCGUCGGCAAGAAGGCCGAGGAGGAUGCAGAGUCGAUGAAGCUCAUCAGGGUCGCGAGGGAAUGCCUCGACGCUGCGAUCAACAUCUGCGGUCCAGGCGUCCCCUAUGGCGAGAUUGGCCGCGUCAUCCAGCCGCUCGCCGAGGCGGAAGGCUGCGCUGUGGUCAAGAACUACACCGGUCACGGCAUCUCGAACUGCUUCCACGCCGCACCCACCAUCUAUCACCACGCCACCAAGAAGAGCUACGGCGUCAUGAAGCCCGGCCACAUCUUCACCAUCGAGCCCAUGCUCAACCUCGGUUCCGAGUGGAGGGAUCUGUCGUGGCCAGACGACUGGACCGUCGCCACCGUCGAUGGCGCUCGUUCGGCUGCGGCGGAAGAGACGCUUCUCAUCACCGAGACUGGUGUCGAGAUUUUGACCGCCAAAGGCCAACCGAGGCAUAUUGACACAACGGAGCGACGCAAGCAGCUCGAGGAACAGAUCAAGGCGCGCGACGAAAGGAAGAAGCGCCGCAAGCUCGAUAACAGCGGCGCCAAUACGCCCGCCUCAGGAGCAGCCACGCCGACGCCUGCGCCAGAAGAUGCCAACCCGACGACCGCCAGCACCUCCGGGCCAACGACUGAGGCCAAGUGA